AAAGAGAAAGACAUGCAUCCAUCCGCCUUCGCAAUACCCUCCUCAACCUCCGUCUCCAAAUUCAUCACUGACCACACCCCUCUCUCCAUGCUAGAAACGAAGUGCACCAACAUGAGAGACCUCCACCAGCUCCACUCACAAAUAAUCAAAACUGGCCUGGCCAAAGAUACCAUAGCCAUCAGCAGAGUCCUAGCUUUCUGUGCCACCUCCCCCUAUGGUGACCUCAACUAUGCCAUGCUCCUCUUCUCCCACCAACCACACCCCAAUGCCUUCAUGUGGAACACCCUCAUCAGAGGCCUCUCCCAGAGCUCCACUCCCCACCUGGCCAUCUCCCACUUCGUCGACAUGCUACACUCACCCACACAGCCUCAGAGGACAACUUAUCCUUCCAUCUUUGUGGCCUACUCCCACCUUGGCCUAGCCCAUCAUGGCGCUCAGCUCCAUGGUAUGGUAGUGAAGCUCGGGCAUGCAUCCGAUCCCUAUAUACGCAACUCGAUGCUUUCCAUGUACGCGAAUUGUGGCCAUAUAACUGAAGCUUCAAGGUUGUUCGAUGAGUGCUCGAGCUUCGAUGUAGUGUCUUGGAACUCCAUGAUCAUGGGCCUAGCGAAGAACAGCCUCAUUGAUGAGUCGAGACACUUGUUUGAUGAGAUGUGUGUCAGAAAUGUGGUGACUUGGAGUGCUAUGAUCAGCGGAUAUGUCAGAAAUGGGAGGAAUAAGGAGGCACUGGAUCUCUUUCAUCAGAUGCAGAAGGAAGGAGUGAAGCCUAAUGCCAAUACUCUGGUGAGCUUGUUAGGUGCAUGUGCUAGUUUAGGAGCUUUGGAGCAAGGAGAAUGGAUUCAUGCUUGCAUCGAAAAGCACGGUAUCGAACUUAAUCCAAUUGUGAUCGCAGCUAUAAUAGAUAUGCACUGCAAAUGUGGCAGCAUAGAGAAGGGUCUCCAAGUAUUCGAGAAUGCCUCAAUGAAAGGGUUAUCAUCAUGGAACUCUAUGAUUUUAGGCCUAGGAGUUCAUGGGCGUUUCCAAGAAGCAAUUCAGCUAUUCUCCAGGCUUCAAUCCUCUGGCUUAAGACCGGAUAACGUUACCUUUGUUAGUAUUCUAACUGCUUGCAACCAUUCAGGCAUGGUGGAUGACGCAUGUGUCUAUUUUUCGCUAAUGAUCGAUGCCUACAACAUUGAACCAGACAUUGAGCAUUAUGGCUGUAUGGUUGAUAUGCUAGGCCGAGCGGGGCUUCUCGAAGAGGCCGAAGAGUUGAUUCUAAGAAUGCCAAUGAAACCUGAUUCUAUUAUAUGGGGAUCAUUGCUCUCAGCUUGUAGGAUUCAUGGGAACACUAAGAUUGGUGGACGGGCUGGGGCACGGAUCAUGGAAUUGGAUUCUGGGGACAGCGGCGGGUAUGUGCUUCUGUCGAACACCUUUGCAGGGGCUGGGGAAUUCAGUGAUGCGAUGAGCACAAGGACAAGAAUGAAGGAGAAGUGGGUGAGGAAAGAACCAGGGUGUAGUAUGAUUGAGGUGGAGGGUGUGGCACAAGAGUUUGUGGCUGGUGGAGUGUUGCAUCCCAAGGCCAAAGAAAUUUAUGAAGUAUUGGAUGGGCUGGCUCUGGAACUAGGAAGCAUGGCUUAGAGGGAUAAAAGGACAAAAUUUGAAUUGCUUGUGAGUUGCCAAGAGAUGGUCAAGCAAGGCAGUCAUUGAUUCUUUUCUUCUUAUUGUUGUGGUUGUGCACUGUAAGGUAGUCUGAGGGUGUUGCCAGAAAAACAGAAAAGGCAGUCUGAGGAAAAUUUAUGCUUGGACUAAGGUUGUCAGGCUCUGCUUUGAAGAAUUAUAGCAUUAUUAUGGCAGCCAGAAAUUUAUAUCAGUUCAUCAUGUGAGAAGGCUCUGAGAGGGAAAGUUAUAAUAAGUUGAUCAUGGGUUGAUACAAAUAGAAGAUUUGGCAGCAUGGCCUGAGUUUAGUCCAGUAACCAAAAACACACAAACCUUUCAGCAUGGUCAGUUUGAUGCUAAUAAUCUAUAAUUUCCUCAAGAAAAAGCUAAUAAUAUUUUGAUUAAUUCCAUUUAGAGCUCUCUCUCUUUGAGGUUCACUGGUAAUUUUUUUUUUCUCAAAACUUUCUUACAUCUUUUAGGUCUGUUUGAUAUUAUGUUUGUGAAAAUAGGGAAGCCAGGAUUGGAAUAUCAUUCGGUUAUAUAUAUAUUUUUAAUUUUUUUAAAAUAUAUUUUUAAAUUUUUUAAAAAUAUUUUUUUCAAAAUAAUUUUUAUUUUUAUUUUUAAAAUAAAAACAAUCUAUAACUAUCAUCACCACCUAUGUCCCUAUCUUUACCAUCAUCUUUAUUAACCUCCUACCAUUGCUCGUCACUGUUAUUCAACUAUCCACCAUCAGCAUCACGACUUCCACUAUUAUACUUUAAAUAAUUUUUAUUUUUAAUUUUUAUUUUAAAAUAUAAAAAAAUAAUUUUAUUUUUAUAAAAAAACUUGAAAAUUAAAAAUGAUGCUAAACGUGGACUUGUCCAACUGUUAAAUUUUCAUGUUGCAUCUCUUCCCAUACUUUCUGAAGAAGCGGGCCUAUAUAUAAUAACAGAAUCUACAAUAUUGGCAUAGAGCCAUAUGUAGAGAAUCUUUAUUCGCAUUCCCUUACAACCCAAUCAUCACAUAAUUCCCGAGUCGUAGGGCCUAAACACCCCAAUCUUUCCCAGCGUUCCACUCCAAUCCGUGGCAAAUUUCUGUUAUCAAAAAAAAAAAA